AUGACCGGCAUUCCAACUCCACAGCGCUCACGGACGAAGACGCCAGAUCUCUCAGAGAUCUUCCGCAGCUCCCAUAGUUCCCGCCAACUUCCCAAAACUACUGGCGCUCAUCCCGACACCCCAUCCGAAGAAAAGCACAAGUCCAGGCGCUCUAUGCUACCCUUCCUCGGAAGGAAGAAGACCGAGCGUUCAUUCGCUUCAUCUUCAGCUCUCCCUAGAAAGUCCACCAACCCUCCUUCAGGAUCUGUCGGCAAAGAGCUCUUGACUGUUGCUUCAACCGCAGAUGGAUCUCCGUCUGACCAACGACUCCCUUCUACCCUUCCUCCAUUGAAUGUGUCACCGCCGUCACUGGGGUCCAAAUUCGCAGCCCACUUCUCUCCUUUGCGAUCUCCUACCAAAACCUUCAAGGCACGGUGCUCUUCAUCGUACAAGUCAGCAAACACCCCUCCCACUCAUUCAUCCGCCACUCUCUCUCUUCCUGUAGCUGAUUGCCGUGGUACUUCCCUGGAAUCCUGCAGCUCCAGUGUAAACAGCCGAUCCGCCACACCAAAGCCGCCUGUUCAACCACCUGCCCAGAGCGUUCCUCACUACGAAAGGCUGGACGAUUUUUCUGAUCUGUUUACACUUCCAGAGGAUUAUUCAAAGCCGACAAAGUCUGCUCAAAAGGCUUCUACCCUGUCACCCGUUGUUGUUAACGCUGUGAACGGUUCCAAAAAGUGCGCUGAACUCAGUCCUGCAACACCUUUAACACCUGUUAGUCCCACUCCUCCAUCAACUCCUCGCCUUCAAUUCCCCAUCCCUCCUUCGAGUUUUGGUCUAAUCUCGAUGACGAGCGAGAAGUCAUCUCCCCAAUAUUCGCACACAUCGUCUAAAAGGGAACCAACCACACCCUCAAGCAAGCAUUCUAACAGCAGCCUUAAGCUGCCAGCUGCGAGCCCGCAACAUCGCUUCUCGGUCUCUCGUGAACGUCGGAGUGACCGCGUAGCUACCGCUGGUAUUACUUCGGAAGAUGAAAGUGACCGUGCUCGUGCAUUCAGUCUUUCGGGAAGCGAUACAGAUGCGUCUCGCGCUACAGACAGCAGCGUGCGUAGCAGGAGAGGUAGGCAUCACAGCGCGUUGCCGAAGGCAUCGGCUAUGAAGCGUCCGGCCCCUUUGCAGCGUGCGCCCUCUUCCUCAGAGAAAUUGCCCAGCGGCCCUCCUCCUUCUGCCCCCCUACCUUCGCCACCGCCCUCAGCUCGAUUGGCACCCAGGCUACCGAUAAGCUCGUUGCCAGUCGGUCCAUCUACCAACAGUGUUCCCUCUAGCUCGACUGUUCACUCCCCGAGUAUAGCGUCACGACCGCGAGCUAACACUUUAUCAGCAGCGACCUCGCUGAGUUCAGCAAAGCUUGCGGCGUGGAUGGCUCCCAGAGCAAACGCACAAGACAAACAUACCCCUGCAGAUACCCAGCAGCCCGCAUCCGAGGACGACCUCAAGAGUGCGCUUGCCUUGCAGAAUAGAAAGUACGCUCAACUUCAGGAAUAUGCCGUCACUAUCACCAAGAAAUUCGAGGACGAGAAGACAUCUAUGACUAAAACCAUUCAGAUGCUAGAGCGAGAGAUUCGAAAAAAGGUUAGAGAGAUAGAGGGUUUGCGCUGGCUCGUCAUACACAAUGGUGGUGCAGCCGAUAUUGAUGCGGCAGCGAACCUGGCACGAGCUUCUUUGAUCACGCUGGAUGAUGGAGAACGAUCCGACGCUUCGCGGGCCAUGGACCCAAUGCGUGGUGAGACUCCGUCCCAGAGCACGCGAAGAGGACUUGGCCUUGAUUAUCUUGAUCAAGCUAGCUCGUCUGGGCCGUCCCUGGAACCACCUUUGCCAGAAUUCGGUAUCGCUGCUUCUGCCUCGUCUUCGCGCUCCUCUCUGUCUCUUCCGAUGCUGACGCCGUCGGCAACCUCGUCUUUGUCAGCCAUCCCAGAACAGCACGGAGAGAUCAGCCGAGCGGAACGUCAAAAGGCGAAGGAAGAACGGCGUGCAUCUCGGGCCCUACGUCGGAUCUCAUCGUCAUCGAUGUCGUCAGCGACAUCUGGAGCAUUUAUGGCAUAUCCUCCUUUGCCGACCGAUCACACGUUCGACUCUCAGCCCAGCAUGGAAAACGUACUGGAGAAGCUGCAGGGCAUGAUAUGGGAAGCCAAGGAUAAUUAUAAGUUUGCAUGGGUCAGGAGCCGCUGUGAACGCCGUUGCCCUUCCGAAAGUUGUCGCACCCGAACCGAGCUGCGGGUUGAUAGCCUCGCAAUGUCAGCGACUACUAGCAUUUGA